AUGAUGCCGGACUUCUCGUUUCUUGUGUUUCCCACUUCGCUCUCCUCCACUGAUUCAAACUUGAUUUUACACCUGUAUUUCUUCGAAAAAAGGAUCUUACCAGCUAAGGGAAAAGUGCAGUGGAAUAGACAUGUGGAAGAAUGCAUGGGAAUGAAACGCAACACAUGCACUUAUCACAGCUAUGAAAUAGCUCAUAACAUCUUCAUUGCGCCUACUGUGCAGUUCUCAGUGUAUUGUGCACCAAUUCCACGACGUCGGACCCGUCUCUCUGUUGUCCCGUUCCAUGCAUACAUAAAAAUAAACACGUGA